AGCUCUCCGGGCCUCCGGGGGAGGGCCGGCCCGCUAGCCCGGCAGCGGAGGAGCUAUCGCCGCGACCCCGCCCGCUGGGCGCUAGCCCUGUUCUCCGUCAGGUGCCGCUGCCAUGCCCAACUCAGCGCUGUGGGCGGUGGAUCUCUUCGGGAAGGUGCACACGCUCUCCACGGCUGGGCAGUACUGGGAGCUCUGCAAGGACAGCCAGCUGGAGUUCAAGCGGGUCAGUGCGGCCACGCAGUGCUGCUGGGGCAUCGCCUGCGAUAACCAGGUCUACGUGUACGUGUGCGCCAGUGACGUCCCCAUCCGCUGCCGGGAGGAGGCCUAUGAGAACCAGCGCUGGAACCCCGUGGGCGGCUUCUGUGAGAAGCUCCUGCCCAGCGACCGCUGGCAAUGGAGUGACGUGAGUGGGCUCCAGCACCGGCCGCUGGACGGGGUGGCACUGCCCUCACCGCACUGGGCGUGGGAGUCAGACUGGUACGUGGACGAGAACUUUGGAGGGGAGCCCACCGAGAAAGGGGGGUGGACAUAUGCCAUCGACUUCCCUGCCACCUAUACAAGAGACAAGAAGUGGAAUUCUUGUGUGCGGCGCCGCAGGUGGAUCCGGUACCGAAGAUACAAGUCCCGGGACACCUGGGCCAAGAUCCCUUCGAAGGAUGACCCCGAGCAACUGCCUGACCCCUUCAAUGAUCUCUCUGUGGGGGGGUGGGAAAUCACAGACGAGCCUGUGGGCCGCCUGUCCGUGUGGGCCGUGUCUCUACAGGGAAAGGUGUGGUACAGAGAGGAUGUCAACCACCCCAACCCUGAAGGCUCAUCAUGGUCCCUCAUGGACACCCCAGGAGAGGUGGUGCAGAUCAGCUGUGGGCCCCACGACCUCCUGUGGGCCACGCUCUGGGAGGGGCAGGCUUUGGUCCGGGAAGGAAUCAACAGGAACAAUCCCAAAGGAAGUUCCUGGUCCAUCGUGGAGCCUCCCACAUCCGAAAAUGGGAUCAUGCACGUCUCCGUGGGAGUCGGCGUGGUCUGGGCCGUCACCAAGGAUCGAAAAGUGUGGUUUCGAAGAGGCAUCAACUCGCACAACCCCUGUGGCACCAGCUGGAUCGAGAUGGUCGGAGAAAUGACAAUGGUGAACGUGGGGCUAAAUGACCAGGUGUGGGGCAUUGGCUGUGAGGACCGGGCCAUAUACUUCCGUCAGGGUGUCACCCAGAGCGAGCUCAGUGGGAAAACAUGGAAGGCCAUCAUUGCCAGCCGAGAGUAUGACCGGUCGCACUCUGGUAGCUCAUCAAGUCUCCUCAGUGCUGGCUGCUUCUUCGGCGACGAGGUGAGGGGCAGUGGUGAGUCCUGUGCACCGAGCGACACGGACGCCUCCUCAGAAGCUGAGAGACCAGGGCCCGACCAGCCUGGCCCUGCAGGGUCUGUAGACAGUCCCAGGAACCCCAGAGACAGCUUGGCCUUGGGCUCUGGCAGUGGCAGGACCACAGAGCCUGCUGAGGAGGAGACCACUGGCCCUGCCAUUCAGACCCCUGGUCUUGAGCCUCACCCUGGCCCCGCCUCCACCCUGGCCGAACUGCCCUGGACCAAUAUUGACCUGAAGGAGCCUAAGAGAGCACCCAGCCACCCGGCUGCUGGCUUUCCAGAGGCCAGUGGCCUCUCCACGCUGGGGCUCCUCCCACUGGGCUUGGAGGAGCCAUAUGGGGCCGAUGACCACCCGCUCUGGGCCUGGGUGUCAGGAGGAGGCUGUGCUGUGGAGCCCCACACCGUGCUCAAGUGGUUCACCGUCCAGUCGGGCCUGUCCCCCUCAAUGCAGACGCUGUCCAUGUCCAUCACGCCAGCCCAGACGGCUGCCUGGCGGAAGCAGAUCUUCCAGCAGCUCACUGAGCGGACCAAGCGGGAGCUGGAGAACUUCCGGCACUAUGAGCAGGCAGUGGAGCAGUCGGUGUGGGUGAAGACGGGCGCCCUGCAGUGGUGGUGCGACUGGAAGCCUCACAAAUGGGUGGAUGUCCGCGUGGCCCUGGAGCAGUUCACGGGGCUCGACGGGGCUCGGGACAGUAUCCUCUUCAUCUACUACGUGGUCCACGAGGAGAAGAAGUACAUCCACGUGUUCCUCAAUGAGGUGACCGUGCUGGUCCCCGUGCUCAACGAGACCAAGCACUCCUUUGCCCUGUACACCCCCGAGAGGACCCGGCAGAGGUGGCCCGUGCGUCUGGCUGCUGCCACCGAGCAGGACAUGAACGAUUGGCUUGCCCUGCUCAACCUGUCCUGCUGUGAGAGCCGGAGGGUCCACGGCCGCCCCUCCCCGCAGGCCAUCUGGUCCGUCACCUGCAAGGGGGACAUCUUCGUGAGCGAGCCCAGCCCGGACCUGGAGGCCCCCGAACACAUGCUGCCCUGUGACCAGAUGUUCUGGCGUCAGAUGGGAGGCCACCUGCGGGUGGUGGAAGCCAACGGCCAGGGUGUCGUGUGGGGCAUUGGCUACGACCACACAGCCUGGGUGUACACAGGCGGCUACGGUGGAGGCUGCUUCCAAGGCCUGGCCAGCAGCACCAGCAACAUCUACACACAGUCAGAUGUGAAAUGUGUCUACAUCUACGAGAACCAGCGCUGGAACCCUGUCACUGGCUACUCCAGCAGGGGUCUGCCCACCGACCGGUACAUGUGGAGCGACGCCUCAGGGCUGCAGGAAUGCACCAAGGCUGGCACGAAGCCCCCGUCCCUGCAGUGGACCUGGGUUUCUGACUGGGCUGUGGACUUCAGCGUUCCUGGGGGCACCGACCAGGAGGGCUGGCAGUAUGCCAGUGACUUCCCCGCCUCAUACCAUGGGUACAAAACCAUGAAGGAUUUUGUCAGGAGAAGGUGCUGGGCCAGGAAGUGUAAGCUGGUGACCACUGGGCCCUGGCUGGAGGUGGCCCCUCUCACCCUUGCAGACGUGUCCAUCAUCCCAGAAAGGCCAGGUGCCGACAGAAGUGGGCACAACAUCGCCCUCUGGGCCGUCAGUGAUAAGGGGGACGUGCUGUGUCGUCUGGGUGUGUCCGAGCUCAACCCCGCGGGCUCCUCCUGGCUGCAUGUGGGCACCGACCAGCCCUUCACUUCUGUCUCCAUCGGGGCUUGCCACCAGGUGUGGGCUGUGGCCAGGGACGGCUCGGCCUUCUACCGGGGCUCCGUGUCCCCUGCGCAGCCGGCUGGCGACUGCUGGUACCACAUCCCAUCCCCCACCAAGCAGAGACUGAAGCAGGUGUCCGUGGGGCAGACGUCGGUGUACGCCUUGGAUGAAAAUGGGAACCUGUGGUAUCGCCAGGGGGUGACGCCCAGCUAUCCCCAGGGCUCCAGCUGGGAGCAUGUGUCCAACAACGUGCGCCGAGUGUCUGUGGGGCCCCUGGACCAGGUCUGGGUUAUCGCCAACAAGGUCCAGGGGAGCCACAGCCUGAGCCGGGGGACCGUCUGUCAUCGCACAGGGGUGCGGCCUCGAGAGCCCAAGGGGCAGGGCUGGGAUUACGGCAUUGGGGGGGGCUGGGAUCACAUCUCCGUCCGGGCCAAUGCCACCAGAGCCCUCAGGGGCAGGUCCCAGGAGAGAGCUGCCCAGUGCGGUGUGGAGCAGGGCCUCCCCAGGACACCCCCACAGGUGGCCGGGGCCACGCAGGAGGCCUCUGGCCCCGUCAGCUGCUAAGGCCGCCUCCCGCACCCGGAAGCAGGCUGCACGCAGGUGUGAAGGAUCAAGGGUGAUCUGUGAGCCUUCCCGUCUGAGCCACUGAAUGUGGAUCCUGGAGGGAACCUGGCCUGAGGUCACAGCCGCCUCGGAGGCACUGGCUGAACCAGCCCAGAAAUGUGAAGCUUUGUGGAUGCUCCGCAGUGUCCCUGUCUGCGAGGAGGGCCACGGAGCGGGGCGGGGCCCCUUCACCCCAGCCUCUCCCGUCUGUCCCUCCCCACUCUGCCUCUUGCCUUUCCAGAAAGGGAGCCUGGAGCCUUCCAGGGAAACUGAGCCCAUGAAGCCCUGGGUGUCCCCAGGCAGCUCGGAGGCAUUGCCCCCUCCCCCAAGAAAAUUGCUUAUGGGGCUCACAGCUACUUUGUCCCAUUCUGUCAUCCUUUCUCAGAGCCAGACUCACAAAUAGGGUUAAUUAAAAAGUUCAGCAAGGGUUGACAACCGAGAGUGAAGGCUGGGGAGGGGUGUCUUCCUGGGCGGGCACAGGUGCCCUGGCUGUCCAUGCGCAGAGAACUGUGGGCAUCUGCCCGAGCCAGCCUUUCCCCCCAGUGGCUCUGGGGGGGGGGCCCCUUUGUGUCCGAUCACACAUGGGGUGUGCAGGCUGCAGCCCUGAACCCAACACCCCAGGGCAAGAGCCUCCCCCGCCAGGCCAGUAGGAAAGCUCCUUGAAUAAAAACCAGCUUUUCUGCUGCUUUUUAUUUGAUUACGGCCCCCCACUGGUGAAGCCCCAAGUUUGCUUCCUGCAAACAGACACUUUACCUGGAGGCCCUUAGAGCCCAAGCCCAUCUCUGCUGGUUUUGGAACAGAACUGCCAUCAGCCUUCCCCUGGAUUCACAUCAGGAGGGGUCGGCUGUGCAUUCGAUCCCAUUGGGCCAUGCAGGAGUUUGUCCCCCAGAGGCUGACCUGGAGGAGUCUCCUCUGGGGUCUCCCCAUGCCCGAGGGGCCCUGGAGGGAGCUGAUAGUCUCAGCAUUGCCGUGAAUUCUGGAUGUGGGACCAGGAGGCGUGAGCAUGGGCUGGGGGAUGUGGUCCUGUUUACACCUCACCGGCUUGUUGUCUGUCUGGUUGUCUCCGGGUGGGCCUCGUGGAUUUCUCCCACAGCAGUGCCGCGCGGUCUUGUAGCUGGUGUCACGUCGCCCUUGCUCCAGGGCGACUGUGUCCUGCUGAGUGCCCGGUUUACCUGCUCAGCCCCACCGAACCUUCCCGAUUCCUUGGAUGCUCUUUAUUCAAUAAAAACUCACACCAGAGUGUAAACAA